CGUGCAUCCAAUAUCAUGUAAGCGGUGUUCUCAUCGUUUCAUCAAUGAAAGCUAUUCAAGAGAAAUGAAGGAGUUGAAGCGUCUAUUUCGGCAUAAUUGUUUUAAAUUCUUAUGCUGCCUACUUUAUUACGAAUGAAAAAAAGUACAUGACAGACAGUAUGGCUACGAUGGACGUAGAUGAGGCACCCACUGAGGAAGUGCCAGAAGGAAAUCCUCAAGAGUUAACGAGAAAUCCAACUGCAUUAAAAGAAGCACAUGAGGAAAUGGCCACUUUGGAUGUACUUGUUUGUGGACAGUGUCACGAAGCUUAUCAUUUCUUGGAAGAAUUUAAAGACCACAAGGAGAAAAAGAAUUGCACAGGCAAAUCACCAGUGAGAGAUAGUAAUGAAAGCAAAGCUCAAGUAUGGGCAUUCCUUUUAUGGAAAUGUGCUUCCGCUCGAGAUGGGUCAACAUCUGUAGAUAAUAGUUGGAAACUUUAUCAGCAAUGGUGUCGUAUGCCAGAAGCACAACGCACUACUUGGAUAACUGCUGGAUCCAAUGUGCAGUCCUUGUCUAAGUUUGCUCAUGCUAAAGUGAUGGAAGUGAAAUCUGAUGAUCAACUUGUUCCCGUUCAGACAACAGCCGGUGAUGUGAAAAGAAGAGGCAGGCCAAAGAAAAAACAGGAAGAGACUGAACCCCAGCCAUCCGGAGAGGAGAGUGAUGACAAGUCAAACAAAGCUGUUUCCAAACCACUUAUUUCAGCAGCUAAAGUAAAGCAGGAGGAUAACGAAAGUAUCCGCGGUGCGCAAGAGCGCGUUCCAGCCGCGGAGCGUAUUGCGCGGCGGACGGAGCGAGACGCGGCACCUGGAGAGGUGUCGCAGCAGUUUGUGGUUGAAAAGAUUUUGGCAAAGAGGUUCAACCCACGGCGGAAGCAUUAUGAAUAUCUGCUCAAGUGGGAGGGAUAUCCGCAUGAGCAGAACACAUGGGAGCCCGUAGAAAAUAUGGAUACAUGCAAACACUUGCUGGAGGCGUUCGAGAAACAACUUGCCAGGCAGAAGGAGCUUAAAGCGCUAAGGGCACAACAACAAGCUCAAAAUACAGUUCAGGUAAAGCAAACCAGUACUCCAUUACCGCAGGUCGUCAAACAGAUGGUGAAGAAAAAUGAAUCUCCCACAUUGACUCCUACUGGUCGCCUACAACGUAGCAGUAAGGCCCGUGCCCUAGACCAGGUAAAAGCUUGGUGUGGCAACGCAGAUGAUGAACCUCCCAGCAAACGGGUCAGGCAUUCUUCUGACAAUGACUACUCCGAACCUGAUGAACCCAAAGUGGAAGUAAGAAGUGUCGUGAACGGUCAGCCCUCUCCGAAGUCAUCAGUAGACCCGGAAUUGGUAAAGUCGCUAGGACUUAGUGGAAAAGGGAUGCCUAACAUUAAGGGUGUCAUCAAAGUUGACCCUAAACAUAUGCCUAGCUUGAGUACAGGUGUGUAUAUAAUGUCAAAAAGCUCUGGUAUUAUGAAGAUCAAUUCGCCUGGAAAAAUUGGACCCGGUCUUAAUAUAGACCAAGAAGUUAUCAAGAAGCAGAUUAUGGCUGCUAAACAGAAAAAAAUGGAAGAAAACAGAAAACAAUCGAUGUCAUCACCAACUACACAGGUGAAGAAAACAUAUGGACCGGCUGGGCAACAGGUGACCGAGAAGACGAUAAUCACUCCGUCUGGACAGAAGAUUAUACAGAGGACGAUACAGAGGCCUGCUCCAUCUUUAGGGUCUGAUGGGAAGUCACCUGUAACGAUAUUGAACAAAAAGUUGGCACAGUCCCAGAGCGCGGGUGACAGCCUGUUACGUCGAGGUGGGACAAUGAGGGGUCGCGGCCGCGGUUCAUUCUCACUCUCGCCCGCCGUACGGCUUAAGGAGAAGACUGUCUCGUUCGAUUUUGAUAAGUGGAGCACAUCAUCAGAGUCCUCUGACGGCGUGGAAGACCCCUUCCCUAAGGAGCUGGGUCCGAUUCCGCCGACUAGCCCCGAUCGGCCGCUGACCCUGUGUCCUCUGUCGGGCAAACGUCUAGCCAGGGCGGAGAACGAGCCCACGCCACCGCCUACGCCUUCUCCGCCACCCACGCCUCCACCUGACACGCAGACGCAGGGCACUAUGCUUAUGAAGGUGGAAAUGUCACCUGGUGGUACAACGGGAAUAGUUGUGCAAGGAGACGGUGCCCAGCCCUCAUUACCAAUGCUGACAGACGAAGAUGGUACGGAGGUAAAAGUAGAGUCAAGUGCAGUGAAACAAUUAUUAGAAGAGGGAGUAGGCGAGGAUGAGACUGAAGAAGUGGGGCUGCAGUUACAUGCGGGACAUCCGCUCAUGAUACGAGGGGAGGAUGGGGUACUCUACCAGGUCGCGGGUGAAAACGAAGCGGGUCAGACUUUACUAGUGGCAGCGGAGGGCGUAGAGGGGGCAGAGGAGGGAGCGGGAGAGGGAGACGGGGAAGGCGUUAUGUACGUCACGAGGGAAGAUGGGCAGACGUUAUUAGUAUCGACGCAAGGCGUACAAGGAACCGUCGAGGGAGUAGAGGCCGGAGCUGAAGGGGAGGGAGAGGGAGUCACAUACGUCACCAGAGGAGAAGAUGGACAGGACGUGCUGACCAUAGACCCAGGGCAGCUGGCAGCUCUGCUCCCGGGCGGCGAGGCGGGAGGUCUGCAGCAGGUGGCCGUGCAAGUGGAGGGCGAGGGGGGAGAGGACGCCACGCAAGUCAUUGCGCAGCUCGUGCAGGCCGAUCUGCCUUCGCCAGGUGGAACGCGGCGUGUAGUACUUCUAUUACCCGAUGGAAGCUUUACAAUGACCGAACUGGACAAGGAGCAAUACGAAUCGAUCACUGAGGCUGGCAAGACCCAGGAGUAAUGACUGAUUUAACAUAAGUUCGUAAAUAAUGUCGUGGAUUUUCGAAGUCGGUUAAAAGAAAUAUUCCAUAUGUUAUGAGAUGUCAGUUCUUAAAUUGUGUAUACUGAUGACAUGCUAAAAUAAUAUAAGUUAUUGUUAAUAGAGAAAACUAAAGUGUCCUAUUAAACGGAUAUGAAAAAACAUAGUUUAAAUUAAUCCGUAAUAAGGGAGCGUUCAAGUAUUACGUAACGCAAUUUUUUGGAGAUUCUUGACCUCCCCCCCCCCCCCCCCAAAACGUGCCGUAACGUUUUUAGUAUCCAAUAGUUCCAAUCCAAAACGUUUGACCAUCCCCAGUGACUCUUGAUACCAUUAUAUGGUGUAAAGUACUGGAAAGUCAAAAAUAAUAUUAUCAAUAACGCCGUAAUUCAAUUUGGUUACGUAAUACUUGAAUGCUCCAUAAGUAAAAAAAAUAUGUGUGAAUUAUUAGUUAAUGUGCGUCGUGAGUGAAUAUACAUAUUUUGUUAAUAUUCAAAGCAUUUAUCAAUUUCACUAAAAUGUUCUAUACAAAAUAAGUACAUUUAACAUAUUUACCGUGUUAAAAUCAAGUUAAAUUAUCUUUUUUUUUUAUAUACAGACAAUUAUGGGUUCUAAUAUUUGCGGUGAGAUUCUCGAGUCAGUUUCGUUUUAACAGCUAUCAAAAAAAUAAGAAAAAUUUCCUCAAAACUUCAAAUACGCUGUCAAUUACCAUCUCAGAAACUAGAGCGUGAGCUAUCCCUCCCAUAUGUCAAAAUCAAUUUUUGACGUACGAGAGUCAAACUUAGCGUUUGCAAUACUCUUAUUUCCAAACAAACAAUUUAAAGUACCUUACUAAUUUCUACCUUUUAUAAUUUUAUGUUAUUUUUAUUAAUUCAUUAACAAAUCAUUUAUAAUCUCAAUUUUUAAAAUAGCACAAAGAUCUAGUUGUGUCUUUUGAAUUAGGUUAAAAGAACUUUGGUUGUGGCCAACGCGAAAUGUCAAGUUUUACUUAAAACGUUAUGGUUCACAUGAAUGGAAACCUAUAUUUUUAAUUAUGGGCUAUGACGCCCAUAUAACUCGUAACCCUGAGGUUGUCCGUUCACAUCCCGAACGGUUAAGGAAAACAAAGGUAGGAAAUCCGUGGUAUGUCUUAGACGACAAAAUCGAUGUCUCGGCUAAAUGAUAGGCAUGUGCCUAUUAGGGAAUGCAAUCCCGGUCUCGAUCUCGCGAGAUCCCGUGUAAUUUUUCGGGAUCA